AUGAUUAGUGCAGUUGAGAAUUUGCGCGAAAUUUUGUUUCAUUUCCGCCAUAUCUCAUUUUUACUUCAUGAUCGGAUGAUAUUUAAAAAAAAACCAAUGGAUAUUGAUAGUAUUCCUUGUCCCCCCAAGCCUAGUCAUCAAGACGAAGAUGGAAGAGAUAGUCUGUCUAUUGGGGAAGCUACUGUUGCUUAUACUACUGCUUCGAAACAACUUUUAUCAUACCAAGAAGAAAAAAGAUCGCAACCGGAAGUUAUGUCAGGUCAUAGCAAUCGCCCAGAGACGAUCACCAAUAGUUUACUGAUACGCCAAAGACCUCCACCUAUUUACGAUCGAGUGGCAUGUUCGUAUGUUGAUAGCAAUGAUGAUUUAAAUCUGAGCGCUUCGAAUCGCUUGGUAUUAGCGUAUGGUAAGCCAAGCACUUCUGCUGGAACAUCGCCAGUCACGCCUGUACCCAGUGAGAGUCUAACAGCUUCCGCCCUUAUGCGCAGUGUCGGAAAGCCUCAAAUGAAGCAGUUAUCACUUGCAUCAUCAUCAGAAAAUACUCGCUUUUUUUCCUUACAUUUAUAUGCUGGUGGUAGAUUAGCGCUAAAAAAACUUUUUCAUAAAUUUAUUUCACGAAUAGUUACUGUAACCUAUUUAUCACUUUCCACCCAUGCCUCUGUUAAAACUCCAAAUUUAAGGAUUAAAACAGGACGCGAAAAUCAAGUGCAAGCCAAUAAGCCAUUUGGAGAAAGUUCAGAAUCUUUGAAUUCAGUAGCUAGCAAUUCUGAAUUAUCACCAAACCCGAGCGAUAGAUCUCGAUACAAUAUUGCACAGGAACAACAGACUGUGACUUCUAAAGUAAAACUGAGUACAUCGUACGCUCCAGCAUAUAAUCCAUUUUCAUCUGAAUCUGUUGGUCAUAAAAUAUCACUACCUUUAUCCAUAUCAAUUUAUCGUCAACAUUGUGUCACAUCAUCUCGGCCAUCCCAAAGUGUCACUUUACUAGGCAAGCGUGACACUUUCAUUGCUAGCGGUAAUGAUAUUACUAUUUCUUCUGGUGCUGGUGCUAUCGCUACUGCUGCUGAAACUGACACUGAAACGUUCCACUUUGAGGAAUUGAGAGUUUCACCAUUAAUGGCUUAUAAUCAAGUUUUGGGAGCUCUUCAGCGAAGUGAUCGGAUAGAGCUUGCUAAUUCGGUUUCAAAAAAAGUUUUGAAAAAUGUGCAUGCUUUUUCAAGCCGUCGAGUGAAAACACUUUAUAAGUGUACAGCAGGUCAUGAUACAGAACUCUCAUUCCAGCCUGGACAAAUUAUUACCAAUGUUUAUGAAUCCAAGGAAGAAGGUUGGCUAAUCGGGACCCUAAACGGCAAAACUGGUCUCGUACCGGCUAAUUAUGUUGAACCACUUCCUUGA